UGGUCAUAAAGUUGACUUUUGCGUCUCUUCCUGGGAUACAAUGAGGUGAAGACGGUGAGCCAGACCACAUAAGAUUAUUUAAAGGCCGGUUUGAUUUAUUUUAGAAAGAGACACAGUGGUCAGGGUGGACACAGGCUUCCUGGAUACAAGUUUUAAUCCGCGUUACAGCAGUGGAAGAGAGACACGCAGCUGCUUCCCCAGCGUCCAUGGAAAUCUCUGUACAAGAUCAGCAAGUUCCUUCCUGUCCUGUGUCUAACACCCUGCCUGCUCCAGACGAUUCACUGAGAGAUGAUCCUCAGACCAGAGCAGACUUCAUAAAAUAUUACUGUCCCCUCACCCUGGACCCAAACACAGCGUACAGAGAGAUGGUUCUGUCUGAGGGGAACAGAAAGGUGGAGCUCACAGAUUUAGUCCAGGAGUACCCUGAACACCCGGACAGGUUCUCUCACCUCUACCAGGUUCUGUGUAAAGAGGGUCUGUCUGGACGCUGCUAUUGGGAGGUGGAGUUUGAAAGGUCAGUUGAAAUAGCGGUGGCGUACAAAGAUCUCGGCAGAUCGGACUAUUAUGCCGAGUGUGCGUUCGGCUGCAACGACAAAUCCUGGAGUUUAGACAUAAACGGAAACAGCAAGUGUUUCAGACACGAGGAUGAGGAGACUGCGGUGCCGGAGCCUCGGUCCUCCAGAGUCGGCGUGUACCUCGAUCAUGAGGCCGGUAGUCUGACCUACUACUGCGUCUGUGACACGACGCCAACUCUGCAGCUGCUGCACCGAGAAGAAACCACUUUCACAAAGCCGCUCUACCCCGGGCUGUGGGUCAUAGGCUCCGCCCAGCUGUGUGACCUGGAGUAGAGGUCCAGCCAAAAAGCAUCAUGUGAUGCAGGGCCAAUCGAGUGUGGAUAAAACGCAAUGCAGCCCUACGUGCUGGUGCCCCUUUUUGUUUUUCCGCUUCUGCCCCUCAGACAGUCUGAGUCCGCCACUGCACGUUAGCAACUUUGGGUCCACUGGUGACUGUGUUAAUGCUGGGUUGAUUUAAACAAAUCACAAUAAUAAUGCAUGUUUAAAGAAUGACUUUCAUUUUACAUUUCCAGUGCUAUGCUAGCAGCAGGGCUCCAAUGUCAGUGCCAAUGUAGCUUUGGGUAACACCACCAACAACAGCAGAUAUGUUGUGAUAAUUAAAAAGAAUUACAUAAACAGGCAAAUGGUACACGGACAACACUUACGAAUUAUUUCAAUGGAGUUUAUUACAACAUCAUUUGAUUCAGAUCUUCUGUACAAAUGAUCUGAACAAAUACAUCCCUUCAUUUAUAUUUUUGGCACUUAUUUUCAAAGUAACAGACCGGUGUAGUAAUGGACAUUAUUUAUGACAGAGGCCUAACUUGAGGCCCCCCAACGGCAACAAAUGUGAAAAGUCCUGAAACAAUAAACUCCCUACCAACAGAUUACCAUUUGAAGACCAUCAUUACUUUGUCAUGUAAAUGAAAACAAUCAUUGAUGAUGAUGAUGAUGAUGAUGAUGGUUGUAGAGCAGCCUGAAACCGUUGUUGGUGAAAUCACUGUGCAGAGGACAAUCAGUCUUUCAAUAAGUGAAUUUUAUUUCCUGCAGAACAAAAUCGGUCUGAGCAGCUGUUGAGCAGCUGUUGAGCACCAAUCACACUGAAGCUUUCUGGUGACGUCACAAUGGCGAUAGAUGUGGUGGUUGGGCCACGUGGCUCUGGAACAAAGUAAUCCUGUCCAGCAGUGUUAGUGGGAUGUCUCUGAUGACUGAGGGCAGGUCUUCAUGGUGUAGUGGAUAGAUGACCACGCUCAGAGCCGAGCGAUCGAUUGAAAAUCUAACGGAGAGAGGGAACACGUGAAAAGGUGAAUGUGAGACUUCUUUAGCCAUUUAAUGAGAUAGUUCCUAAAACAUAGUCAGUAGAUGGCGGUCGGCAUGCCCCCAGUUUGUAGAAACAGACCGGAGUACAAUAAAAUAAUGUGCUUCUGUGGACGGGGGCACUUAUGGAUAAGUACCUCGUACGACUCCGCUUCAAAAAAAAUCCAAACUAUCACAUAAGUGUUUGAUUUGUCGUCACAAAAAAAAAAGCACCGACCUGUCCAGCAGAACUUUCUGCAGUGUGCGACAAGCCACUAAGGUGCCACCCAUGAACAUGUGGCACAUGAUGACGUGGCAGCAUCGCUCCAUGAAGGUUUCUGCGGCCGACGGGUCAAAGGUACCGCUGCGUGAGAUAAGGCAGAGACGCUGCAGACGGGAGCAGCAGGACAGAGCCUCAAAGAAUGACGCGCUGGCAUUCAGGUAGGGCUGCUCUAACCUGAAACACACACACACACACACACACACACACACACACACACACACACACACACAGUUCAAUAUAGAUAAAAAAAACAGCACGUUGAGUAAACAUGUGAACUCUUUCCAUUAAAUGUGUGAAGACUAACUGAUGUACUGCCCUGUACUUUCUAGUGAAUGGACGGAACAACCUUAGAUGAAAACAAACAACUCCUAAUUGGACAUAUAAUAAUAAUAAUAAUGAGUGUAGUGUCUGAUGGUUAGUGUUUAGUAUUACAGUAAAAGAAGGGUACACAAAGACAUCUUCUAACCUGAGUUCCCGUAGCUGCGUGCACUGUUUAAGUGUGUCCAGCAAGGCAGGGGUGUAGUUCAUGGUUUUUAGUGAUCCCAUGUUGGCAAGGGACAAUACCUGUAGGUCUCUGCACUGCCUGGUCAGCUGUACCAGCCCUGUCCCCCUGAGGACCCCAGGGAGCCCAGCCAGAGUCAGAAGAUGUAAUCGAGGCAAAGCCUCAAGUGCCGCCAAGUGUGCGUCGCCAACUCCUCGUGCCCACGCACACAUACCGCGGGGCUCCACACUGGCGCGAGUGCAAGGCUCAAGCCGAGGCAGUGCGGAGACAAAACCUGGACCAAUGAGCUCUAAGGUCUCUAAAAAAGGGCAGCCAGCUAAGAGCAGAGCGAGCCCUGAAGUGCUGUCCCCCGACAGAGAAGACUCUGAAUCGGGCUUGUAAUUCUGGAUCCCCAGACGUGGAGUCUUCUUUAGCCCCAGGAACAACGGAGAGGGAGACGUGUUGUCUGUGGUGAUUUGAUGUGUGUUUAAGCCGUCUGACAGAGCGCAGGCAGGCAGAGUGAGGGAGCGCAAGUGUGCGAGUUUGGCCAAGCUGGCACACAGGUGUGUUUCUCCACCUAGCCCAGGUGAGCUUUCAUGAUGAUAGUGCGUGUGCAUGAGGUUCAGUUGUUUAAUGUUGGAACAGCCAACUGCCAACCGGCUCAUUGUCGCAGGAAUCAGCUGAUCCUCCACACUCCUGCACUCUGAGUACAGGACCUUGUUGAUCCCGCUGAGGUUCAGGCUAGUCAGCUGUGUGGUGUCUCUGACUCCUCCCUCCAGCAACGACUGGAACACCUGCGGCCACAGCGCUGGGCAGCGGCUGAAGCUCAGGUGCUUCGGACUGUUUCCCUCCAGGGCUCGCUUUAGGGACAAGGAAUCGAGCCAGGACCGAGGCAGCUGCAGGGCCUCCAGGUCCCCACGUUGACCCAGGCUCUGGGCCAGUGAGGGAGCAGCGGGCCAGUGAGCGGGGUUUGGGCCAGGAAUCGAUACCAGGAAAACUCUGAGACGCUUUGGCACAUGAACGCUGAACACUGCCAGGUAGAGGAGGAGCAAGGUCUGGUUUACCUAAGGACAUGAACACACAGAUAUUAAAGUGAGUACUGCAGAUAUAUACGAGAACAUAGUACGUGCACAUGAAAACACAAAUAAACUCACCUCUCCCGGAGCCAGCCUGGCAGUGAACUCCUCCAGCUGUUGGUAAUGCGGCACACUGCUCUGACCCAUCAUUAACUGACAGCAAACACCGAUACCCUCUCUGGUCACAUCUGAGAUGUCAAACUGCAGCAUCAGCCUGCAGGGAACAAACGCAGACGCACAUUCAACAAUGUAGCAGUGACAUAGUAACACAAAGUCCUCAGACAUAGCGACAAGAAUGUGAAUGCCAGUUCCAUUAGCGUAGUGUCGCUAAACUCAACCAAUGGACCAAAUGCAUUAAGAUGGCUGAUGUCUGGUCUGACAUCACCAGACCAGAAAUAUGCUCUGAAGUGACAAGUAAAUGGAAAUUGGCAUUUACAAAUUGCAUUUCUGAAACAACUAACUUCAAGGUUUGAUUGUGACACAAAGCACAAGCGGGUGAAGCAUUGCACUUGUGCAUUUUAGCCAUGCUAGCUAGGGAUGGCUAUGUCGGUCAGUCCACCACUUUGGUCCAGAG